GUUUCAGGUUAAGAACGGACCUCCAGAACAAAUUAAGUACGUAACCAGAGGGACCACUGUACCCCUUUUGGGGACAAGGUGGUGGAGAAAGUAAUGGCUGAGCAGUUGCAGAAGUUCCUGGGGGAUACAGAUUAUUUAGACCCACCUCAAUCUGGUUUCAGGCGCAAUUUUGGGACUGAAUCAACCUUGAUUGCUACUGGGUACCAGUUGCUGAAAACCACAGGUGAGCAGAGUGCUAUUGCACUCAUUUCUGGCUUGCAGGCAUCUGGCUGGCCACUGCGAGAACAGGAUGCUAGAUUAGAUGGGCCAUUAGCUGAUUCAGCAGGCUCUUAGGUUUUUAUGCUCAGAGCCAUAUAGCUUCGCAAGGUUGCAACUUUUCUCUGAGAAAGCCCUUCUGUCUUGAAUGUGCUGAACAAUGGGCAGAAAUUUAAGUUAUGACUCUUCCUAGCAUCAAGAGUACAGUGCCUAUUGAAUUUCUACCUGUCAUUCAGUUGUUAAACUCCACUAGAAGUUGCUCUAUUUAGCUACAGCCUUCAAAUGCAAUACACAGGACCAGAACAGCAUUAGAAACUGACAUAAGAUCCAAAUUAAAUAUUUCUAGCAAGUGUACUUAGGAAUAAGCCUUUCAUGAUUUCCAUGAAUGGAAGGCUUGUCACUAAAAUCACUUAGUAGGAAUAAUUUGUACUGAACUCAGUGAGACUUACUGCUAAGUAAACAUGUUUAGGAUGUUUAGCAUUGUGCUGUAAGUGUGUUUAGGAUUAGGACUGCAAUAUCAAUUCCCUUUACAGGCUAAAGUUACUAGAGUAAUUAUUAAAAUUGGAAUCAUCUGAAGCUUAUUGGAGUUUGUCAUGUGAGAUUAAAUGCAGCUAUUUAUGAGAAGGAAACAUGAACUUGGAGGCAAAAGGAGAACAAAGUCAAGAAAACCUACUUAAUCCUUUCUCUUGGAAGAAACUGUGUUGCCUAACCUUCUUUUGAAAUAAUUAUGCCAUCCCCUCUUCCACAUAGUCGUCUUCUCCAUCUGGAAUUUUCUCCAUCUGUGGAAACACGACCCUGUAGUAGUCCCUUGGUGUUUCCUGCCAAACGUGAAAAGUUGGGGGAAGAUCCGUUGCCUAGGGCUCGUCGGCUACCCUCUCGUGUAGCUUGGUGUUCUAUAGACUGGGAUCAGUUGUGCCUGCUGCACCCCCUAGGCUCUGGUGGCUUUGGUUCUGUCUACAAGGCUACGUACCAUGGAGCUACAGUGGCUGUAAAGCAGGUAAACAAAUGCAGUAAGAACCGUUUGGCAUCACGGCAGAGCUUCUGGGCAGAACUAAAUGCAGCACGCCUUGAUCACAAAAAUGUGGUGCGUAUAGUAGCUGCUAGCACAUGUGCCCCUGGCAAUCAGGAUAGUUUGGGCACCAUAAUAAUGGAGUAUGUAGGAAAUAGGACUCUGGACCAUGUUAUCUAUGGGACUGGCUGUAUAACAGCUAAAAAGAAAGAUGAUCAGCUGAGUAUAGCUCAGUGUCUGGGCUACUCCUGUGACAUUAUGGCAGGCUUAGUGUUUCUCCAUUCACAUUUGAUUGUGCAUCUGGAUUUGAAACCUGCCAACAUAUUCAUCACUGAACACAAUGUUUGCAAGAUUGGAGACUUUGGAUGUUCCCAAAAGCUACAGAAUGCUGCAUCUGACCCACAACUUUGUCAACAAGGGGGAACAUACACCCACCGUGCUCCUGAACUCCUUAAAGGUGAGCGAGUCAACCCCAAGGCAGACAUCUACUCCUUUGCCAUCACCCUCUGGCAAAUGGUUACACAGCAAGAGCCUUAUUCGGGUGAGCGCCAGUAUGUACUCUACUCUGUUGUAGCUUAUAACCUGCGCCCUUCUCUGACUGCAGCUGUGUUUAGAGAAUCAACCACUGGCCAAAGGCUUGAAAAUAUAAUUGGAAGCUGUUGGAGAGCUGAUGUAGCAGAGCGUCCUAGUGCAGAACGUCUCCUUCACAAUCUUCAGUCCCUGUCUCUAAUAGUAUAAAAGACCUUGUCUUGUCCCUCUUCAUUUUUAUUGUUGAUCAUCUCUUGCUAAGUUUGUGUAUCUUAUUGCUCUGAUUCUUCUCUGCAUGCAAAAGAAGUUUAAAAAUAUAUAUGUUGCGGUGGUCAAUUUUCUAUAAAUAAAGUUCAUUACAGGAAA